AAAGACGAUUGCUACCCUAGCGUCCACUCCCCGCAAACACAUCUCGUCUUGGGUGGCACCGGCACCUGGCGCUACUGCGGGCAACCACGCUAACGAAUUUAACGGGCCCCAUAGUAUUUUUCCCUGCUGUCAUCGCUACUAGUUUGUUCUCCUUAUUCAUCUCCUCUACUCCGGUGCUGCGAUUUGAUAUCGAUUACUGGUGCUCUUUGCACGGAAUUUUGCACGGCAACUGCUCUUUUGAUCGGCAUUUAUUCAUCGAGAAGAGCAGAUGGAUCCGACUAGAGGCCGUCCGCGCACGGCUGACGAUGUCGCCCUGUCGCGCCUGACGCCAUCAACUAGCCGGCGUCAAAUAUCUCCCAGCGACGAAUUGGCCAUCCGUCCCGACCAAUUUCCCACGCUGUCCAACAGCCCGUCCGUCAUUUCCGCAUCCAACUUUCAAGGAGAGGGCCCUUCCGAUUUGUACCGCGCCAGCUUUCGCAACUCAUCAUCGAGCCGCCUUCCAAGUAUCCGUUUGCGACGCAACUCCAACGCGUCGAUAAUCAGCACAUCUACACUACAAGAUAGUGCAGGUGACGAGCAGCCGCCUUCGCUGACAAACCUCCGACAUGCCCGGCCGCGCAGUACAUCUCAACCUGGCAACCUGCCAAACUCGGACCGCCGGACGCCUCAAAUGGGUCUCCCCCGAUUGACAGAAGAAGGUAUUCGCCCAACAAUGGAGGAGAUUGAUGCUGCUGCAGCUUCUGGCUCGCGACUCUCUCCUACACCCUCUGUCCCCGAAACAGACAGUAGACGGGCGCAUAGCUCCAUGGAUAUUGCAUCGACAAGCUCUCCUCCUAGAAGGCGCCGCGCCCUCAGCCGCAUAUUCUGGCCGGCAACCGCCUCAGAGGAUGAGCGAUUCGGCGCCAUCGGAUCGGCACAGGCACAAGAGUCUGAAUAUGAAGAGCAACUUGUUGACCUCUUGGACGUUGUUGAUCCCGAAGUCCAGACCCUAUCUACCUUGACUAAUAUCCAGAACUCUCUAUUCAUCCCUGAUCUCGGCCCCUUAAUCAAUCGACGACCUACUUAUACCUUAACUCAGCAUGAACGACCGAUGACACAGUCUGCAGCGCAGCCAAGCGUUGAACAUAUUGAACCAACAGAGCCUGUGGAUGAUGAAGAAUCGCAACCCCGCAUUCAUAGAUCAAACACCAUCACAUCUCGACUAACCGACUCACACUAUGCAGCUCUGCCCCAUGGAGUGAGUCUGGACGGCUGGACUGAUGAAGAAAAGGAACAACUUGACGACCAUGUACGGCAUAUGCUUCAUUCACGGCGCUCCAAAUUCAAGCGUACCAUGAAGGGUUUUGGGCAAUACGUUCGGCGCCCUCUUGGUUUCUUUGUCACAUUAUACGCGGUGCUUAUCACAUUGUUUGGCUUGGCUUGGGUGUUGUUCUUGAUUGGAUGGAUCUACGUUGGCAGUAAGCAAGACUACACAAUUUUCGUCAUUGACAGCGUCCUGGUUGCCCUCUUUGCUAUCAUGGGAGACGGUUUGGCGCCAUUUCGCGCGAUUGAUACGUACCACAUGAUAUUUGUGGUACACUACUCUAGGAAAAUGAAGAAAGCGAGAGAAGCGGCAGGAAUGGAUACCACCGACAUUGGCGCCAUUGGAAGCAACCCACAAGAGUCGGAAGCUGAAGCUCGAAAGCGACAAGAGGAUGGAUCAGAAGAGCUCAUCGACUACCCCGAACUCUAUCCUUUAACUCCUAAACAGCAAAAGAAGUUUCUACACCACCGUGAUAAGCUUGCCAAGUCGCACAGCUUCUACAAGCCCGAGGAGACAUUCACACACAACUCGUUCCCUCUGAGUUAUCUCAUUGCCGUCAUCAUUCUUCUCGACUGUCACUCAUGCCUACAAAUAUCCCUGGGUGCAUGCACCUGGGGUAUCCCCCACGAACAUCGACCUGUUGCCAUCACCACGACCAUUCUUUGCGUUAGUAUCACCACCAACAUUACGGCUGGAUUAGUGAUUACCGCAGGAGAUCGCAAAACUCGCAAGAAGGACGUCAUCAAGCUGCUGGACCGUCAGGAGCUCACGAGCCAUGCUAUCAAGAAGGUACAAAAGCGAAAGGAUGAAGCAAACAAUACGCAAAACUUAAUGGUUUAAUGCAAGCUAUACUGUAUAAAUUCCUUUCAUAUAUACAGCCCAAUAUAUACUCUCCAGUUGAUAGCAGCUUAACUUAACAAUACUUGUCUCUCCAUAUGGCUAGAGACUGUUACUAUCUCAGCGUGCGGAUGGCUGGUUGAGCAACCAAUCGCUACCAGUUUCGUGAAACAAAUGCUUCCUUAUGUACUCUGCUCCGCCAGAGCAGUAAAAGGCGGCGGUAGCCGAACAUCCAUUACCCGCUAGGGUUACCAUUGAAUGCAAGGGCAUUGAUGGUGCCUGCGGGGAUGUUGCGGAGAACAUUUCUAGUGGCAGUUUGCGCAAUCUUGGCACACAAACCAGCGGCAACAGCUCCGUCCUUGCCCAUGAGAUAGGCAGCCAGACCAGCAAUAUGGGGAGUGGCCAUGGAUGUACCGGAGAUGGUGUUCUAUGAGGCAUCAAGUGUUAGCUGUGUCACCAUGUCUAAAGGGACAAAACACUUACAGUGCGGCCGCCGAUCCAAGUAGACAGGAUAGCAGUGCCUGGCGCGAAGAUGUCUACAACAGAUCCAUAGUUGGAAAAGGUAGAUCGCACAUCGUCCUAGACAUAUUUAGUUGUCUUUCUUCCGUCACGAAUAGAGGCAUCACUCACCUUGUCGCUAGCACCAACGGUGCAGACAGAUGGCUCCGAGGCUGGAGACGUGUUGGCGGCAUCGGUGUUGUCGUUUCCAGCGGCGACAGCAACAAAAACACCAGCUCGCUGGAGACGUGCAACAGCAUCGUUGACUGCCUGUGUCUUACCACCACCAAGAGACAUGGAUGCUACAGCACCCUUGGGGCAGCCGCGGGUCUUGUAGUCGUUGGCAACAAAGUCCACGCCAGCAAUGAUGUUGGAGAAGGUUCCCGAUCCAUUAUCGUCCAACACCUUGACACCGUAAAUCUUGGUCUUUUUGGCAACGCCAUAGGUCUUGGAGCCAAUGGUUCCAGAGCAGUGAGUGCCAUGGCCAUGGCCAUCCCUGUUGCCGUAAUAGGUCUUGAUGAGCUUGGCACGGCCUUCAAAUUCCUAUACCAAGUCGUGUCAGUGUAUCGUUUAGGUGUAUGCCAGAUACAGGCUGCACUUACAGGAUGGGUGUCCUCCACACCAGUAUCGAUGACAUAGACACAGGUUCCCUCGCCAGCUGAAGUGUCAUAGGUGUAGGAAGUGCUACCCUUUGCCCUGUGAGAAAUUCGACCAAGUCCCCAUGGAGCUCCGGUCUGCGUGGUGUAAGCGUUGAUGUUCACCUUGCCAUCCUGUUCGAUAUACUCGACCUGAAAUAUUAUUAGUAUUUAUAUGAAAUUGCUUUGCAGUUGGUUUUACAAACAUCAGGAUGGUUGCGCAUCAACUCAAUGACGGCUGGAUUCAUGGAUGCAGCGAAACCAGAAAAGACGUUCUGGAAGACGUGGUCUGCUUUGCCGCCCAAGAGCGACAUGGCCUGCUGUAGAGCAGCAAGUGGACUGCCUUCUCGCAGCUUGACAAUGAAUUUUCCAGGAAUUGCCUGAGCACCGCGAGCCUCCAAAAGGGGAGCAGGCUCCUCUCGUCUAGCGAGGCUAGGAGCGCCAGCGGCAAGAGGGAGUAGAGCAAGGAACUUAGCCAGACGCAUGGUGAUGGAAUGGAAUGGAAUAUGAAGAUGAUUGUCUUAAAAUGAUCUUGUAAAUGAAUUGAGUGCCUGAUGAUUUGAGAUAAAGCUAGAGCUCAAUGUGCACUAUAUAUACAUAUCUCUAGAUACUUCACCGGUGUCGUUUCCCAAGCUCUUCGGUAUCGGCGAGAACGCAUCUAGGCUCUUGCAGCCACAAUUAUCAAUAGAAAUAUGGCUUACCUGCCUGAAAAGGAAGCUGCCGUCAUCAAUAUUUCGGAUAAGGACCCUUCGUGUGUAAGUGUCGCCGUGCAGCUUGUUGUGUUGCACCUUGGUUCAGCAUCAUGCGAACAGGAGUGUGGCAUGUCCGAGGUUGGCAUUAUUGAUGUGGCGGCGAUCUCAAAAUUGGAACGAUCCAAAAGUUCCAUGUCAGAACGUCUGAUUCGGUUAGCGAAUGGUCAUGCGCAUGGCACUACCAGAGUCGGCGAUGGCAUCUCAACUAGGUAUCCAACGCCGCCAGGAAACGCAGCUUAAGCAAUGUUAGAGAUUAGCAUAAAAGAGAAUAACCAAUAUUAUUCAGCUGCUUAUAAGUGAUUUACGAGUCAUUUAAUGGCUGGCAUAAAGCCGAGGCUGUUAGUCGAAGCUUGUACCACUCGACUAUCGCCUAGAUAUCGGACUUCGGAGACAGCUAAUCUAUCAAGCGAAAGCGGCAAGGCCCGUCCAUGCUUACUAAACUCUUAAAAAGCACCAAGGCACAUAGUUUGGGGGAAGAGGCGCAAAAUGUGCGGCUGGGUUUAUUGGAUAGCCUGAUGAUAAAGAAGUUUCAUUUAGGCGUUUCGUGGAGGAGGGCGGAUGUGACACUGUGGCAGAGCUGAGUCUCCAACGUAUUCCUUGGCGGCAACAGCCGAGUUUCCCACGAUAAUCUAGACUUGACACUUUUACCUUGACUCUUUAGCAACGGCAGAGAUAUCAGCAGACGUCACCGGCAAAUGUUCACGUGUCUGCUCUGCGUGCUUGUUGGUGUGCUUCCAACGCAGACGCAUGCACCCCAUACUCCCACCACCUUCGCAUGUUCCGAUAAAAACGCCCCGUGCCAUCGGUUCACUAAGCUUAUUUCUUCACUGCCGAUCAUAUAACAAACGGCGGGCAGCUCGUCCCCAGACUCCCAUAUCGGUGAUUGGCGCCGCCACCAGCGCCGACAUGUACCGGACAGGUCUGGAUGAGCCCUUUUGGACGAUGAAUUGGUUGGAGUUACUAAUAAUAUCUUCCAUGACAUAGUUCGGCGCAGUUCAAUUAUGCUCUCUAGGAUUGGCACGUUGCAUCAACACGCGGAGUUACCGUGCAUGCUUGUCCCACCGUAGCCUAUAUUAAAGCAUUUAUUACUGCCAUAGCGCCACUAAUAUAUUACAACACAGGAUAAAGGCUAAACAAGCAAGUCACCUGUAAACAUUGACACCGCUCAACUGUAGUAGUUGCCAAGACGGAAAAUAUCCCAUUGUCUGCUGUCUUGGAGUGUUACAUGAUAACAGACUCGAUUCUAGAAACGUAAUGUGGCUUAUAAGCCGUGAGUAUUUGAAACUGGUGGCAUACUCUUGGCAGGCUAGUAGGCUAGUAGAUGUAUUAGCUGACUAUCAAUUCGUUGUCUUCUUCUUGAUGACAGCAAGUAAAUGGUCUGCACAGCCAAGAUACUCCUCUGCGGUAGAGAACUGCUCAUACAUCAGCCUUGCCCAUUUGUUCACCGUCUCUGUGCCAGCGGCCUCCAACUUCGCAUCUAAGCCCCCUCCAAGAAUGCCCUCCGUGGCCCGAAGUUCAAUGAGCUCUGCUUUAGUAGAGAAAUGCUUUCUGAAGAACUCGCGCACAUCGGCCGCGUGAGUGUGGAAGCUCUGAACAUGCACGUCGUCUUCUUUCUUGUAUUUCUCAUAUUUACCAG